UGCGAGUUGCUCGCGCUUGCCCAGGCUUGGCUUUUGCUCGGAAACCCACGCGCGAUAGUUUAACUGUCGCACCAGGACGGUGCAGCUGAUACCAUAAAACGUGACGUCGAAUCAUCGGAAUGGCACCAACACUCAGCAAAUUCGCCACAAGACGCACGCUGGCUGGCGCGGUGGCGAUCAGCACGUUGAUAUGGAUACUGAAAAACCGCAGCAGAAGACGAUCGCCGAAGUCGAGAAAUCAGUGGCCGGUCGGCAAUGACAUUCAGUAUGUCAUCAAGGAGGAGAAACCGAAGAGUCCUAAGGCGCAGGUGAAUGCCGUUUUUUUCCGCAAACUCUGGACGUUGCUCAAAAUCGGUAUUCCCGGUGUGCUGUCACCGGAAUUCGGCUAUGUUCUCUUAAUUGCCAUCACCUUGGUCAGCAGGACCUUGUGUGACUUGUGGUUAAUCAACAAAGGCACUCUGAUAGAAACAGCAAUCGUCAACAUGGAUGGGUCGUUGUUUAAGCAACAUUUAUCAGUUAUGGUUGUGAUGUUGCCAGUAAUUUCGAUUGUAACCAACAUAAUGAAAUAUGGUCUAAGUGAAAUAAAAUUGAGGUUACGUACAAAUAUCACUCGUUAUUUGAUGGAUCAGUAUCUUAAAGGCUUUACUUAUUACAAAAUGAGCAAUCUGGACACUCGUAUCGCGAAUCCAGAUCAACUUUUGACUACGGACGUUGAUAAAUUUUGCGAUAGCUGUACAGAUCUUUAUAGUAAUAUAGCGAAACCUUUAUUCGACAUCGGUCUUUAUGUGUAUAGAUUAACAACCACUCUCGGUGGACAGACACCAUUCUUGUUACUCUCCUAUCUAGUAGUAGCUGGUACUUUUCUGACUCACCUUCGAAAGCCUAUUGGGACAUUAACGGUCAAAGAACAACGACUGGAAGGAGAGUAUCGCCAUAUUAAUUCGAGAUUAAUUACAAAUUCGGAGGAAAUAGCGUUCUAUGCAGGAAAUAAUAGAGAAAAGUUGACGAUGUUAGCCAGUUUUUACAAAUUAGUAACUCAUCUUCGUAAAUUUUUGGAAUUUAAGGUCCUUAUGGGUGUUUUAGACAACUUUGUUGCAAAAUAUUUUGCUACCGUAGUCGGUUUCUAUGCGGUGAGCAGACCCUUCUUCCAGAAAGACCAUGCUAUACUCUCCGGUACACCUGAUCAUCGAUUUAAAUCGUAUUAUACGUACGGCCGAAUGCUGGUGAAAAUGGCCGAAGCGAUUGGCCGAUUGGUGCUGGCCGGCAGAGAACUUACCCGCUUGGCGGGGCUUACAAUGCGGGUCACUGAGAUCAAGAAUGUCCUCGACGAUUUGAAUGCCGGGAAAUACGUGAGAACGAUGGUGUCUGAGAGCAAGGCGAUCGGUUAUCCCGGUGGCGGCAAGAUCAUUCCGCGCGACAAUAUUAUACGGUUCGAUUGUGUUCCUUUGGUGACACCGAAUGGAGACGUGCUCAUCAAGGAACUAUCGUUUGAAGUAAAGUCGGGAAUGAACGUACUAGUUUGUGGUCCGAACGGUUGCGGCAAGAGCUCUAUGUUUAGAAUUCUCGGCGAACUUUGGCCAGUUUGGGCUGGAACUAUCACGAAACCGCCACGUGGUAAAUUAUUCUACAUACCGCAACGUCCUUACAUGACGUUGGGCACGUUGAGAGACCAGAUCAUCUAUCCUCACACAAAAGCCGAGAUGAUGAGGCGCGGUAAUGCCAACGACGAGGAUCUUAAGAAAUUCUUGGAUUUGGUGCAACUGACUCAUCUAUUGGACAGAGAAAACCUUGCCAACAGUGAGGGACAAGGUUGGGACGUGGUGGCCGAUUGGAUGGACGUCUUAUCGGGUGGCGAAAAACAGCGUAUUGCAAUGGCUCGGUUAUUUUAUCAUAAACCUCAAUUUGCAAUUCUGGACGAAUGCACGAGUGCAGUCAGCGUUGACGUCGAAGACUCCAUGUACACGUACUGCAAACAAGAAAAUAUUACAUUGUUUACGGUCUCCCACCGUCGAUCUCUCUGGAAACAUCACGAGUACUAUUUACAUAUGGACGGCCGAGGAACCUACGAAUACAAGCCGAUCGAACAAGACACGAUAGAAUUCGGAUCGUGAAUUCUUGCGUCCCUUGCAUAUGCGAAGAUACGUCUACAUGCAAGGGACAUCUAGUUUAGUCUAUUUAAAAUAAUUUCAAUAAUAGAUAAAAUUUAAGUAUAUUUGCGACAAAAGAAACUACAAAAUGUUAAAUAUGUAUAAAAUGCAGGACAUUUCUCUCAGAAUGGAGAGUAUAGGCUGUAUGUACUGUGUAAGUAAGCAUUAUGAGAUAAAAGUAAAUGACGCGGUCGCGAUUA